AUGUCCUACUACGAUCCAUAUCAAGGUAUUCCACGUCAAUAUAUGACUCAACCGUACUAUCCGCAAUAUUAUCCUCAACAACAAGAUGAUCAGAAUAUGACCCAAAAUGCCCCAGCUAUUGAUACCAUGCCAGCAUCUUUUGAACAAUAUCCUCAAUAUCAAACGGAUAACCAAUUCAACAACUUUGGUGUUGAUGUUCAAGGAGGGGUUGUAUCCAAUUCAAAUGUCAGUAAUGAAUUUUAUAAUGAAGAAGGUGCAUUUGUUUCGGCUAAUUCAACUAAUGGAAACAACAAUUUCCAAGGUGGUUCAAGUUUAAUGAAUCCUAGUUUAUCCCAAGGAGGACAAUAUAAUUCUGGAUCAACUAGUCAAAAUACUUUAACUAAUGGUGGAAUUCAACCACAAGCCCCACAAUUUCAAAGUGAACCAGUUUUCAAUCAACAAGUCGGAGGAGACAAUUCAUCUCAUAAUUCAGUUGCUCCAUCUAGAACUGUUUAUUUAGGUAAUAUUCCAUCUGAUAUCCAACCUAAUGAAUUAUUAGAUUAUGUUAGAUCGGGUAUUCUUGAAAGUGUAAGAAUUUUGCCAGGGAAGAAUUGUGCAUUUAUUUCAUUUGUUGAUCAUCAAUCAGCCUUAUUAUUCCAUUCUGAUUGUAUUUUGAAGAAAUUGAAUAUUAAAGGUCAUGAUAUCCGUAUUGGUUGGGGUAAGAAUAGUCCUAUUUUACCUGCAGUUAUGGAAGCCAUUCAACGUGAUGGUGCUACCAGAAAUGUAUAUUUAGGUAAUUUGAAUAAUCCAACCAAUGGAGAAACCAUUACAGAAUCAGAAUUAAGAGAAGAUUUAUCAUGUUAUGGUGUUAUUGAUUGUAUUAAGAUUAUUCCAGAAAAGGGAAUUGCAUUUAUUCAUUUCUUAUCAAUCUUAAGUGCAAUUAGAUGUGUUGCUAACUUACCAUUAAAAGAUAAAUAUUUAGAUAAGAAAUGUUUUUAUGGAAAAGAUAGAUGUGCAUUUAUUACCAAGACUCAACAACAUAAUGCAGCCCAAUAUUUGGGAUUAGCUCCAGGAAUGGAACAUAUUGUCACUGCUGCUGAUCGUGAAUUUAUUUCAUCGGCAUUAGUCCAACAAUCGGCAGCUGCUGCUCAGAUUGCUACCCAAGCUGGUGGUGCUAAUAAUUUAGGUAAUCGUACUGUUUAUUUGGGUAACUUACAUCAAGAUUCAUCAGUUGAAGAAAUUUGUAAUGUUGUUAGAGGGGGAUUAUUACAAAGUAUUAGAUUUUUGAAGGAAAGACACGUUUGUUUUAUUACUUUUAUUGAUCCAAUUGCCGCUGCACAAUUCUUUGCUAUGUGUCAAUUACAUGGUUUAACUAUUCAUAAUAGAAGAAUAAAAGUUGGUUGGGGUAAACAUUCUGGUCCAUUAUCUAAUGCGUUAUCAUUAGCUGUUUCUAAUGGAGCUUCAAGAAAUAUUUAUAUUGGUAAUAUUGUUGAUUUUGAUUAUUAUAAUCCACAAAAAUUAAGAGAUGAUUUUAGUAAAUUUGGUGAUAUUGAACAAAUUAAUUAUUUAGAAGAAAAGAAUUGUGCAUUUAUUAAUUUUGUUAAUAUUGCAAAUGCAAUUAAGGCAAUUGAUGGAAUUAAAUCAUUUGAUGAUUAUAAGAAUUUAAAGAUUAAUUUUGGGAAAGAUAGAUGUGGUAAUUUACCAAGACAAUUCCAAAAUCAAAAUAAUAAUGGUAAUAAUUCACAACAUUUAGGUGGAUUAGAGAAUAGUUCUUCAAAUUCCUUUUCUGAUAAUGAAUUUAAUAACAUUGAAGACCAACAACAACAGCAACAACAGCAACAGCAACAGCAACAGCAACAGCAACAGCAACAGCAACAGCAACAGCAACAGCAACAAGCUGGCAAUAUCAUUGAUAACGAUAUGUAG